CGGAAGUGAAGACCAGUGUAACCCACAGCAGUACACUACGGUUGCGGGUCGCUAUCACACACACACACGCUUUUUUUUUUUGUGGUUAGUUACAAGUCUCGCCACCAGUUAAACUUGUUUCGCCCACCACCAUGUCCGUUUUGUGUUAUAAUAAGGGAUGUGGACAGCGAUUUGAUCCAGAAAAUAACCCAGACGAUGGCUGCACCUAUCAUCCAGGAGUUCCAGUAUUCCACGAUGCAUUGAAGGGAUGGUCCUGCUGCAAGAGAAGAACUACUGACUUCUCAGACUUCCUCAGCAUUGUUGGCUGUACAAAAGGUCCACACAACAAGGAGAAGCCCCCUGAGCCGGUGAAGCCAGAUGUGACAUCAUCGGGAGAAAAGGAUGACGCAGAUGACCAAAAACCAAAGUUCAACGAGUACAUCAUCUCUGCACCAAAGCCUCAGGAGGCGAUACGCAGACCAAGCCCAGAUGAGCCGAUGGUGAGAUUGCAGCAUAAAGUCUCUGGUUCUCUGAAACAGGCUCUGGAGAAACUGAAGCUUUCUGAAAAUGCAGCAGAGGAUAAAGAGGAAGAUAGUGACGAGAUCAAGAUUGGAACAUCCUGCAAAAAUGGAGGAUGUACUAAAAGUUAUGAUGGACCUGCAAGCGAUUCGGAUGUGUGCUUAUACCACGCCGGAUUUCCUAUCUUCCAUGAAGGGAUGAAAUACUGGAGCUGCUGUAAGAGGAAAACCUCCGACUUUAACACCUUCCUCUCUCAAGAGGGCUGCACCAAAGGAACACAUCUAUGGACGAAAAAGGAUGCGGGUAAGAAGGUGGUUCCAUGUCGGUUUGACUGGCACCAGACCGGGGCACAGGUCAUCAUCUCUAUCUAUGCCAAGAAUGCCGUCCCAGAGCUAAGCUAUGUGGAUGCAAACAGCACCACGCUCAACAUCCGUGUUAUAUUUGAGGGAGAGAAGGAAUUUGAGCAGAAAAUCAGUUUGUGGGGAGUGAUAGAUGUGAGUAAAAGUAUUGUGAACAUGAUGGCCGCCAAGAUUGAGGUAGCCAUGAAGAAGUCCGAGCCCAUGUCAUGGGCACGUCUGGACCUUCCUCCCCCCGUCAUCCCACCCAAGGAUAACGAGAAGAAAAAAGAGGAGGAUGAUAGCGAGGACGAAGAUGAAUGAUGAGGAAUUAAAAAUAAAAACAUAGUGUUUUUUUUUUUUUUUUUUUUUUUUUUGCUGAAUCCAAGGCCACACAGUCCAUUCCUUACCUCUUUAAAGAAUCGCCUCUUUUGCUGUCAUGGAACUUUGGUCUCUACUCUUCAACUUUACAGUGUUUCCACUUUCAUUCUUACCAGUCAGCGCACAUGAUUUUAUUGGUCGGUUGGUUGUAAUGCUAAAGAAAUCCUCAAAUAUUUUUACGACAGUUUUUUCACUCAAGUACUGAAUGAUAAUAGAGGAAACACUUACUUUUCAUAGACGAUGACACACUGUUAAUUGCACUGAAAUCCUCUGGAAAAUAACACCACACAAUAAGGUAGGAGUCAGGUGUGUCCGUUAAAGCCUUUCAUGUGGACUGCUUGUAUCAAGUCAUCAUAAAGGACCAUAGUUGUGAGCAUAUUUCAACAAUGUUUGGGAAAUGUUUCAUUCCAUCCUUUGGUUGCAUAAAUUGUAUAAAUUAUUGCAUUGUUUUGUCCACCAGUAUCACGUCAGACAAAAUGCUCUCUUCACAGAUAUAUUCCCAUGUCUGUGUGAUAAUGAAGCUGCUGUGUAGUUUGAGUAGGAAAUCUCAAAGAUGUCCACACUUGUGUAAUAUGGAGUUUAUUCUGAAUAAACUGUGUUAUAAGAAACAUAAUAGUUCCUUGGGACUCUUAAACUUAGAAAUGAAAUGUUUGACAGCCAACUAUCCCACCCUUUUACAGGUAAAACUGUAGAUUUGCUCUAAAUUUGUUUUUUUUGUUUUUUUUACCUAUUGUAUAUUUUGUUUUGCUUACAUACAAUGAAUGCUGUAUUUAUCUCCUCAUUUCUUGUCAAAACAGCAUACCACAGUUUUAAUAAUGACAAUGUACUGUAAUAUCUGACAAUACCAAUUGAAUACAAAAUAUUUUAAGAAAAGUACUGUAUUGUAAAAAUGCUAUGCUUGACUGCAUGUCUCAAGGCUUAGAAUGUAUUGUUCAAUUUGACAGAGACCAUGAUAUAAGGAUAAAAUGAAUAGGGAACCACUUUAUCUUACCAAAAAUAAACUUUUGUGUUGAACUUUUAAAA